GAGAAGAAAACUUUUCCAUCCAGUCCCUUCAACAGUAUUCAAUAACACGUGCCAUAACACGUGCUUUCCUUCUUCACCCUCAUCACUGAAACGCAAUCCUUAAACCCUCUCUCUAUCUCAAACAGUUUCUCUCUCGCCUCCCACUAUGUCUUUUCUUCUGAGAUCACUUCCUUUCCUAAGUCUCCAUUCAAAAUCCUCUCUUCCAUUUCUCCACACCAUCUUCUUACACCACCUUCCAAAACCAUUUCAUAGAAAAGCAACAAAUCUUUUUUCUAUUUCUGCUGCUGCUUCUUCUUCUUCGACUGAUACUAUCCCCAUAUCAUCACAACAAAAGCAACAACAACCAUCAGUACCCUUCAAAGAAACUCUCAAUUGGGUUUCACGUACUGGGCUUUGUGGUGAAUUGUCCGUUAACGACGUGGGUAAACGGGUCCUCCUUUGUGGAUGGGUUGCUCUUCAUAGAGUCCAUGGUGGUCUCACUUUUCUCAAUCUUAGAGACCACACUGGGACUGUCCAGGUUACUACCCUUCCUGAUGAGUUUCCCGAUGCCCAUUCGAUUAUAAAUGAUUUGCGGUUGGAGUAUGUGGUAGCUGUUGAAGGUGUUGUUAGGUCCCGGCCUACUGAGUCUGUUAAUAAGAAAAUGAAAACUGGUUUAGUUGAGGUUGCUGCAGAAAAUGUUCAAAUACUGAAUGCAGUGAGAACGAAGUUACCAUUUUUAGUUACUACAGCAGAUGAUGCUAAAGAUUCUGUCAAAGAGGAGAUUCGUCUGAGGUUCCGGUGCCUUGACUUACGGCGGCAGCAAAUGAAUUUUAAUAUGAUGUUGAGGCACAGAGUGGUAAAACUGAUUCGAAGAUAUCUAGAGGAUGUAUAUGGAUUUGUGGAGAUCGAGACUCCAAUACUUUCUAGAUCUACUCCAGAAGGUGCUCGAGAUUAUUUGGUCCCCUCGAGAGUUCAGCCAGGAACAUUCUAUGCUUUGCCCCAAAGUCCUCAGCUCUUUAAGCAGAUGUUGAUGGUCUCUGGUUUUGACAAAUAUUAUCAAAUUGCAAGAUGCUUUAGAGAUGAAGAUCUAAGGGCUGACAGACAACCUGAGUUCACUCAGCUUGAUAUGGAACUUGCAUUCACUCCCUUGGAGGACAUGCUAAAGCUCAAUGAAGAUUUGAUUAGAAAGGUUUUUUUGGAGAUUAAAGGUGUCCAGCUGCCAAACCCUUUUCCAAGACUUACAUAUGCUGAAGCAAUGAGCCGUUAUGGUUCAGACAGGCCAGAUACAAGAUUUGAUCUUGAGUUGAUAGAUGUGUCUGAUAUUUUUUUAGAGUCCCCCUUCAGGGUGUUUGCAGAUAGCUUGAACAAGGGGGGAAUAAUCAAAGUAUUAUGUGUGCCUUCAGGUGCUAAAAGUUAUUCAAAUACAGCUCUUAAGAAAGGUGAUAUUUACAAUGAAGCAACCAAAUCUGGAGCAAAAGGAUUGCCUUUUCUUAAGGUCUUGGAUGAUGGGGAGGUUGAGGGAAUUGCUGCACUAGUGUCAAGUUUGGAUCCAAUGAAGAAAGAAGAGCUAUUGAGACGAUGUUCUGCAGGACCAGGCGAUCUCAUAUUGUUUGCAGUGGGUCAUUAUGCAUCAGUUAAUAAAACUUUGGACCGACUUAGGAUGUUUAUAGCCAAUGAGAUGGGCUUGAUUGACCAUUCCAGACAUUCAAUUCUGUGGGUGACUGAUUUCCCAAUGUUUGAGUGGAAUGAUACAGAGCAGAGGCUUGAGGCCUUACAUCAUCCAUUUACGGCACCUAAUCCUGAAGAUAUGGAAGACCUUUCUUCUGCUAGAGCCCUUGCUUAUGACAUGGUUUACAAUGGGGUUGAGAUUGGUGGAGGAAGUUUGAGAAUUUAUAAGCGUGAAAUUCAACAAAAGGUUUUGGAAAUUGUUGGCAUCUCCGCUGAACAGGCUGAAGAAAAGUUUGGAUAUCUUUUAGAGGCUUUAGACAUGGGUGCUCCACCUCACGGGGGAAUUGCAUAUGGGUUGGAUAGAUUGGUUAUGUUGUUGGCUGAUGCUAAUUCUAUCAGGGAUGUCAUAGCUUUCCCCAAGACAACAACCGCCCAAUGUGCUCUUACUCGUGCUCCAUCGGAGGUUGGUCCGCAACAGCUGAAAGAUCUAUCUUUCAAUGCUUAAUAGUAUUCUGUGCACUGGGUUGCUUCAGUUACCAUUUUGGCAGUCUGCAUGAUUCCAGUUUUGCAUAAUCAGGGAAUUAUUUAUGUAUAUUGUGGAAUCAUGUUUUAUUAUUUUCUUAUACCCUCUUUAAGAUUGAAUCAUUAUUGAACCAGACAUUUUUUGCAUUA